CCUGGCUGUACACUCAGCGAUCACUCAGAGUGUCCUGUACAGCACUUGAAUUCUGUCGCAGGUGACAACAUGCGAGCCCCAACUCUACUCCUGUCGUUCUGGCUAUACGCAGAGACAGCGGUAUCUACGGCUCGGACGUCUGUGCUGACAGCUCACCCUGGCGGGGAGAUCACUUUAGUCUGCAGCUUAAACAAAUCGUGUUUUAGGGUGAGCUGGUGGAAAGUUCAACCCAACGGGAUCAGACCUCUUGCUCCUGUACUGGCCAGUAGCAGAAUCGCCCCCAAAACCACCCUGGAUAAAAAGUGUGCCCUCUGGAUUAGCGCAGUACAGGAGUAUGACGCCGCGACUUACUACUGCGCAGAAAACUGGAAUCCCGGACAACUGGGGAAUGGGUUCACGGUAGCAAUCGGAGAACAGGAACAGUCGACAGUAGAGGAACAACUAACGAGGCCGAAAAGCGACAAGGGAUACAAAAAAAACACAACCAGUUCAGAACAGUGUCCAGUGUGCAAUACAAUUGCGGUUCUCAGUGGGGCAGGGGCAGUGAUCUCUUUUUUGGUGCUGGUCAUUAUAAUGCUGGUAAUCGCACUGUGCCUGUCUUACAAGAAAACAAAAGCAGGACAGGAAAAGGCUUCAGUCAGUGUUGAAGACAAACAUUCCAAGAGAAGGAAUACAGAAUCACAGUGGCUGGACAGUAAAACAGAGAGUGUGGAAUACGCAAGGGUGAAAUUCUCCCAGCCCAAGAGACAGAAGUAAGGACUGGGUGGAAGCAUGAGUUCCCAGAAAUUCCCAAGUUCCUGGAGACUAUGGGUGUGGAGCAGAUCUGCUCAACUCAACUGCAGUUACUAUCCUCAUUACAGGCAAAAAGCUGUAAAUACUUUAAUCAACUCCACAUUAAGUAAAUUAAUACAUUUUUACUAAAGAGGUCAAUACCCUAAUUAAAGGAAAAUUAUUCAUUAUUAA